AGCUAAAGACGAGACUGGGAAGGGUCCUCGUUAGAGACCGACUGAGAUUUAUAGCCGCUGAGCUCGCAAAGCGCCACGAACAAUGCAAAGGGAAACCAGCUUGUGCGUCUGCGGCUGUUCGGACGCGUCCUUUCUGGUUCUAAUUUAAUCUCCUGAGUUUAAGCUCACCGCCGUAGAUUUAAAAUCCCCUAGCAAAGAGGGGGGCAGGGCAGGUAAUGAAAGCCGAGCGAGGCUGAAUCGCUGCACUAACCCAGCAGCGGAAAUCACGGUCAUUCCUCUGGAUCCAGGCAUUCCCUCUGUGGGAUUUUUCUUCUUCUUUAAAUAAGAGUCUGGGGGGAUUUAUAGAGGUAACAGCAGCUAGUGAUGUCAGCCCUUGCCUAAAAUAGAGGAUAGACUGCAAAUCCGCAGCUAGAAGGCUAAAACCUUCCAAUCCAGCCUCAGCCAACACCAUGUCAACGUGAAGUCACCCACCACCUCUUCCUCACACAUACACUCACUCACAUGCACUCCCCCCUUCCCAACCACUCCAGGAGGAGAAAGCAAGGGAUCAAAGCCCAGGUGUCCUCCACAGCCUAACCCCGCCGACCACUGCUCAUUUUCCACUAGGGGUGGCAGAGCUUUCCCCUCCAAGACAUGAAAGCCUAAAAGACGUGGAGAAUAUCAAUCCAACAGGAGGUGGUGGUAGCGGAGGGGGGUGGAGGAAUCUGAAGAGCAGAGCUUCUGGAGUCUUGCCUUUUGGAGCCUUGAGGAUUAUACAAGGAAUUUCUGUGCUACUGCUUAGACGCUAUAGGGAGGAAUCCAAAAGACGAAGCUUCCUUUGCAUCCCACCUCCCUUGGAUUCUUGAGAAGACAGGGGGGCUUGCAGGACACCAUGGCAUCGCCAGAAGGUGCCAACAAUAUGCCUAAGCAGGUAGAAGUGCGAAUGCAUGAAAGCCACCUGAGCCCUGUGGAGCCAAGGUCCAAGAAUGUAUGCCUGCGAUUCUUCCAAUCACUCAGAAAAAACCUGCUCUUGUCUCUUACUGUAUUUGGUGUCAUCAUGGGUGCAGUGUGUGGGGGUCUUCUUCGCCUGGCAACUCCUAUUGAUCCUGACAUCAUCAUGUUAAUAGCCUUCCCAGGAGAUAUCCUUAUGAGGAUGUUAAAAAUGUUGAUCUUACCUUUAAUUAUAUCCAGUUUAAUCACAGGACUGUCAGGUUUGGAUGCUAAAGCUAGUGGCCGAUUGGGCACAAGAGCCAUGGUCUAUUACAUGUCCACUACUAUCAUUGCUGCUGUGCUAGGGGUGAUUCUGGUUUUAGCCAUUCACCCAGGAAAUCCAAAACUCAAGAAGCAGCUGGGAGAAGGAAAGAAAAAUGAUGAAGUAUCCAGUCUGGAUGCUUUCUUGGAUCUCAUCCGGAACCUGUUCCCUGAAAAUCUAGUCCAAGCAUGCUUCCAGCAGAUCCAAACUGUCACUAAGAAAGUGCUGGUGCCCCCACAAACUGAAGAAUCACCUAACGUCACUGACUCUGUCUUUGCUCUGAUGAACGAGACGAUGGCUGAAGCACCACUAGAAGCCCAGCUGAUCAUUAAAAAGGGGCUGGAGUUUAAAGAUGGAAUGAAUGUCUUAGGCCUGAUAGGGUUCUUCAUUGCUUUUGGUGUUGCUAUGGGGAAGAUGGGAGAGCAGGCCAAAAUGAUGGUGGAUUUCUUCAGCAUCCUGAAUGAGAUUGUAAUGAAACUAGUGACUAUGAUCAUGUGGUACUCUCCUUUCGGCAUUGCCUGCCUUAUUUGCGGGAAAAUCAUUGAAAUUAAGGACUUAGAAGUGGUUGCUAGGCAACUUGGAAUGUACAUGGUAACAGUGAUCGUGGGCCUUCUCAUCCACGGUGGGAUCUUCUUGCCUUCACUGUACUUCGUGAUAACAAGGAAAAGCCCCUUCACAUUCCUUGCUGGCAUUUUCCAGGCAUGGAUCACAGCUCUAGGCACAGCUUCCAGUGCUGGUACAUUACCUGUCACUUUCCGUUGUCUUGAAGAAAACUUGGGCAUUGAUAAACGUGUCACAAGAUUUGUCCUGCCUGUUGGAGCAACAAUAAACAUGGAUGGGACGGCUCUUUAUGAAGCAGUUGCUGCAAUCUUCAUAGCACAGAUGAAUGGAAUUGUGUUGGAUGGUGGGCAGAUAGUCACUGUGAGUCUGACAGCCACCUUAGCAAGUGUUGGAGCUGCCAGUAUACCCAGUGCAGGACUGGUCACCAUGCUUCUCAUCCUCACUGCGGUGGGUCUCCCUACUCAGGACAUCAGUCUGCUUGUUGCUGUUGACUGGCUCUUAGACCGGAUGAGAACAUCAGUAAAUGUUGUAGGAGAUUCUUUUGGUGCUGGCAUUGUGUAUCACCUCUCCAAGGCAGAGCUGGAAAACCUGGAUUCCCAGCAUAAGGGGCAUGAAGACAUUGAAAUGACCAAGACUCAGUCAAUUUAUGAUGACAUGAAAAAUCAUAGGGAAAACAACUCAAACCAAUGUGUUUAUGCAGCUCACAACUCUGUCAUAGUAGAUGAAUGCAAGGUGACACUGGCAACCAAUGGCAAAUCUGCAGACUUCACUCUUGUUGAGGAAGAGCCUUGGAAACGUGAAAAUUAAGGAAAGCGAGUCCCAUAAGCCCCUGAAGCUAUCUUAUGGUAAAAGAUAUCAAGAUUAAAGAAUAUUUCUCUAUUUAUUUAACAUCUAAAGUUUCUGCUUAUUUAAUUUGUUAACUGAAACUUAGCAAAGAUCUCAUAAAGUCAUUGUAGCUACCAUGUUUUUGCCAAAUAGUGAUCCAUAACUAUCUGUCUCACUUGUACUGUUUGAAUGGAUGCAGCUGGAGAAUACUCUAUGAGUUAACAGUUAUGUUCUCAUCAGACUCUCUCCUUUGCUCAAGAUGCAGAAAAUGUAGAUGCUGCAAAACGAAAAGAUCAAAAAGCCGGUAUGACUUUCUCCAGGGACUCAGGGUAAUGAACAUAUAGUAUCAUAUAAACCUUAAAUUGUUCUCAGUGUCUCUUCUUGUGAUGUAUGUACAAAUCAGUACUGCAGUGUACCUUUGGUACAGUCAACAUUGUGUAACUACACUAUUUAUUUUAAAUGUCUCUAAAGGUUUUCUAUAAGUUUUAUUGAUAAUUAGUAGCUGGCAUGGGGGACUCAAAAUUUUCAUCUUCCCAGGUACACUUAAAAUUAAGUGUCUCAAAUAAAUAUUUCAUUUAAAUUCACCCCAGGCAUAACUUUAUUAAAAUCAGUGGAGUAAAUACAAAGGGCCAGAUCCCGGGCCUUUCAGAUAGCACCAGAUUCUGACGCUCUCUUCACAUCAAAUAGGAGCUUACAGCCCAUGUAGUCCCUCUGAAACUAUUCAAGGAGAAUGAUGUUAUUCAACUUAAGGAAGAGCACCAGAAUCUGUCCCCAAAUGAUUAUUGAACAUUCUUUUUGUUGAGGAUAAGCAAUUAUAUGUAAUAGGGUGUUAAAAUGUAAUGGUGCUUAGCAUACGUAGGUUUGUUAACUAAGCUAAACUAAAUGUAUAUUUAAGACACUUAAUUUGAAGUGAUAACUAUUUUUCUUCUCAAUUACAUCUUAGAUUUGAGCCAAUGAGCUAAAUCCUAAAGUCAUUAUCUGAUCAAAUUUUGCAUUGAAGUCAAUGAGAAUUUUGCCAGAGUUAGGGCUGAGUGAAAAGUAAACCAGGACUUCAGGAUUCAGUCCAAUACAUUGAAUCCCCAUCUCUCUAUUGUGAAUAAACAAUUUGUAUAAAUGUCUUUGAUGUCAGACAAGUAGUGAUUCUAGACCACAUGGCAUAUGAAUAAACAAGGCAGAGUUUUGUCAACACAGUAUAACUAAUUCAUUCAUCUGUAAGAUGUAGAGGUGCAAUAAUCAUUCUCUUAGGUUGUUUAAAAGGUGCUUGUUAAAAAUCAGUGCUUGUAAAGACAUAGGUGUAAUCUAUUAUGAAAUUAAUAAUGUUUUACAGCAAAUCUGAGCCAGGUAGCAGUGGGAAACUCUACCCUCUGACCAAAACUUCUGUGAUGUGAGUGUUUCUUAAAAUGUUCUCUGAGCUGUCCAGCCUAUGAGCUUAUAAUGAACCUACCUACAAGGUUAGAUGGGAAAUGAAGCACAUAUGCUUCUCUCCAUCCAUGCACAGUGCAGUGCUGCCAUUGAUGUAAACUGGAAUAACGUGUGCAUGUAGAGUUUAAACAAUAAUCCAGUCUAGUUUUGCUAAUUUGUAUUUGUGUUAGCUUUCCAGUGAAGUCACUGUGAGCCCCUGCUAGUAAGGACUGCUCACCUGUUUAAUGGUUUGCAGAAUCAAACCUAUAGUCAACAUAUUCACCAUUCAAAUAUUUGUAGCUGUGCAGUAUUUUCCUUGGGAACAUUGGUGCUCUUUUGACAUCCCCUUUCUGCCUCACUAACUGAAAAGUCCUAAAGAAUUUAAUAGCUAUUAAACUACUGUGGGUUCUAUAGACAUUAUUCUGACAACCUGAAGAAUUUAAUAGAGAAUUAGUCCUUUUCUGUAGGUCCUUUGGAAUUCUGUUCCAUCCUGUUCAACGUACUUAAUGGAAAUUGUGGGUACACAGAACUUCUCAGGAUCGGGGACUUAGUCUGGAUUUGAAGAAGAGUUCACUUCCCUGAUGCCCUCAGAAAGAGAUCAAUUGCCCAAGACAGCUGCAACACUCUCUAAAAUGAACUCUAACAUUUGGGCUGUUGGCUCACCUCACAUGAAAGUCACUGAGAGCUAAGUAGCAAUUGUAUAGGGUGACCAUAUUUCCAAAAGACAAAACAGGACACCCCCAGCUACUCACCUGUGGUCCCUUUCCCCCCAUGCAAGGCUGUUCCCCAUCACAGGUACCCGGCAGCGGCCACCCACAAGGCUGUUUUCUGGAACCCUGCAGGGAAGGGUGGCUCCCUCAGGAGGCUAUUGCCAAUCGCUGGAACCUUGCUGCCCUCCACCCACCCAGCUCAGCCUCCUCCCCCAUGACGGGCUGGCAUAUCUGAUCUCCCCCUCUGCACCACACCCUGCUUUUUUUGGACAAAAGCAGGCAUUUGUCCCAUUUGCUCUUGCCAACUGAUCAAAUGUGUCCUUUUUUCUUUUUUUUUUUAAAGUCAGGACAGGGCUUAAAAAAGGGUCUGUCCCAGCCAAAAUGGGACGUAUGAUCACCCUACAAUUAUACCAACUAGAACAUAGUGUUCGUCAUAGUGUAGAGCUUGGGUUCUCAAAGGUUUUUCAUAGCCUGGCCCAUAUUUUAGAGAGUUGGUCUCCUAAACCACUUCCAUCCUAUUCAUAAUAAUCUAACUUCUCUGUGGCAGCUACAGCAAUUGCCUACAGAGAAAGGUAAUAUUAGGAAAAUGUUUAGUAUAUUUUUAGCUAUUGUUUAAAGCAAUACGAUAGGAAACGGGUAGGAAAGCCAGCACCAGGUGACUAAGCUGUUCCACACAGUUACCUAUUGAGAACACUGGUUCAGACAUCUUUCCUUACACUUAUCUCCUUUGGACAUAUUGCCCUUUAAAAAGUAAUUCUUCAGAUGGGACUAGAGAAGGAGGAGGUGAAAAUCUAGAGUAACUCCACCCUCGUACAGAGAACAAAUUUGGGCCUUUAGUUUUGACUAAAAAGGCACACUGUAGGACUUUUAAGUAAGACUUUAUAGUUGCAGUAACUCAGGGAACUUUCAAAGAUAAUUUCAAUGUCACUCUUCUACUUAUAAUAUAGAAAUGUGCUACUUAUGGGAAACACUUUGGCUAUCCUCCAGGCUGAAUUCUACCAUGUAAUAUUUAAUGUGUAGCUAUUCUGUCACCGUACUGAAUAUAACCAUCAAAAAGCUUUCCAUUUCUUGGGGGAAAACUGUAACUCAUACUUGGCUUGUAGUUGGUAAUUUACUCAUUCCACAUGAGGCUGGGUUGCUGCUUAACUAAACAAACAAGAAAAAAAACCCAGGAAAUAGCCACUCGAGCUAUUGCAAGUUUCACAUUUGAGUGGAUAAUGUUGUCACUGUCACAUCUUCCUUUAGUCUCAUUAUUUUGCAUUUGGCCUUCGAUGUUCUCUUCCUUUACUCAUUUCCCCAUUGUUUGGAUGGCGAAACUCAAGGAUGAGCACAAGAUAAAGCAGCACACACGCUCUUGAGUUAUUUCCAUGUGAACUUAAGUUUCCUUCUACAGUCAUUUUCUUUGCUCUGCUCUCAGCUAUUCCCCUGCUGCUUACACAAGUAUGAUAUAUAUGUGCCCUCUAGAACACUGACCUCAUCAGUAGAAUAUGGAAAGCCUUGAUCCUGGUAAGCAUCCUUAGUCAGGAAAGCAUUUAAGCACAUGGUUAAAAUUUAGCAGCACAUGCUUUUCUGAAUAGGACUGUAGUUAAGCACUUGCUUGAGAACUUUGCUGAAUGAGGGCCAUGAUUCUGUUAGGGUUUUUUCUGUUGCUAGUCUUCAAGGCCCAGUGCACAUUAUAGUUACCUUGGGGAAACAGUUUGCUUCUGAAUUUGUUCCUUCUUUGGUACUCCUCCUCCAGAAAAACAAAGACGGCACCAGCACUUUGUAUAAAACAAGAAGUUUGCACAGGUCUCAUGCAUUAAGAUGCCCCUGUAUUUAUGCCAAUUAGACAGUAUUACAGUAAGGGCCCCUGUCAUUUAAAACAGAGAGACUAUUUUUGUUUCUUUGGAAAACAGGGACUGUGCCUGCAAGAUGCUGACCACUCUGAAUUCCCUUUGGGAACUGAGGAUGUAUGCUUCCUUCCAGGAAGCACUUAGCACCUGGCAGCCUGAACAGAGCCUGAUCAACCCAUCUAUAUGCACUAAAAACUCCCAUGAAUUUUAAGAUGGAGAAGGAUUAUUAUUUUUCAUCCUUCACCAUUCCAGAGUAGUUGAUAGUAAUACAUUGUCUGUUCUUAAUGCUAGCUGGAGACUUUGGCCCCGAUCCUACAUUGUUGGAAAGCAAUUGGGGUUUCAUCAUUGAUUUCAGUGGGAGCAGGAUCAGAGCCUGUACUUCAUGUUGAGGACCAUAUUGUCUUAUCUGAAAUGAUCUGUUUUCAGUUUCUGUACAUAUAGCAAUCUCAGUCAUUUAUAAUUAUAAAUACACCAUCAUUCCUCCACCUGCAAAGACCAAAAUGUGGACCACAACAUGAGAGACAGAAGAAAAUCUAUGUAUGCUGUAAGCUAAAAUAAUGAGGGAGGGGAGUGAUAGCUCAGUGAUUUGCUAAACCAGAGUUGUGAGUUCAAUCCUUGAGGGGGCCAUUUAGGGA